GCGAGCGCGAGCAUGAAAGUUUGUUUUGAUAUUAUUUUUUUAUCAUACAAAACUCAUUUUAAACUUCUAGUGUGGAAUAUUUAACGAAAUAACACUACUAAUGUUUACCAACCAAGACCAUGGAUAAUAACUCUGAUUCACUAAAAAAUUUCGAAGAAAUAUUAAUGCAGCAAAGUACUAAGAAGGCAGACAUUUAUCAAACCAGCAAGAAAGAUAAUGCACAAGAUUUCCAAAGUCAAAUUGAGUAUAAUCCUAGAGACAUCAUCCGUGAUAUAUCAGCUCAAAUAAAAGCUAUUCAUAAUGCAGACUGUUUGAUUAGAAAGAAAUGUGUUAAUCAAGUGUUGGCUAAACACAAAACUUCUGGUUUUGUACCCAUAAAUGAAUUGCAAGCUGUGGUACCAUCUAAGAAAACAUCUAAAUUUGAAACACAAUUUGUGCUAGAUACACAAUUAAUCAAUGUUAUAGAAGAUGUUGAAGCCAUGAAUUCGCGUAAAGGUAUUAUUACCCAAGAAUUUGAAAAAUCUUUCUAUAAUUCAAAUUUAGAAAGUAAACUUAAAACUCCUGGUAAUACUACAGCCGAUUGUGCAAAAGAUAAAGACCAAGACGAUUAUUCUACAGAUGUGAAAUUUACUGAAAAUAAAGGUGAAAUUAAUAAAGAUGAGAUGAGAAAAGAUUUUUGUUUAUCAGAUGUCAGUCCAACAAAAGAUGUAAAAAUAUGUAUGGAUGAUAAUUGCACUGCACUAUUGGAUCAGUGUGUAGAGGUGGAACAUAAUAUUGAUGUACAAGAUUUUAUAACAGUUACAGAUAUAAAUUCCAGCCCUGUUAUAAAUUUAAAUAAUGGCAAUAAAUCUAAAAGUAUGUCUCCUUUAGUGUAUAAUUUAGAGUCUUUUGAAAAGUUUGAGAAGUUAGCUCAUCCUAUUAUUGAAGAAAGUGAUGAUAUAGAAACAGCUAAAAAUCUUAUUAAUUCCCAGAUAUUAGGCAAAGAAUUGUUAUUGCAAUCAAAUUUUGAACCAGAAUUUAAAACCAGAGAGCCAUCACUUAGCCCAGUACUUAGAAUAUCCAAAACUCCGAAAGUAAGUUCUGAUAAACUUGAUGCAGUAAGACAAAGUUCAUCACAUUUUAAAAUAAAAAUGUUGCCAGAUGUAACUGACAUUAAUAGCAAAGAUAUUGAUGACAAGCAAGAAAGUGGGCCUACAUCAUUGUCUAUUUUAGAUGUUAUUACUGAUUCGAAGGAAGAAAGUAAAAGGAAAUCAUUCAAUUUUGAAGACGAAAUUUUGUUCAGUAGUGACGAAGAACUUGACAAUAAGGAAACAAGUCUAAAAGAAUUACCGUUUACAUGUGCCUUAGAAACUUCCUUUUAUGAUCACUCUAAUGUUUUAGACACAACUGUGUAUGUGGGUUUUCAGACAGCUAGUAACAAAUCUAUUCAGGUAUCCGCUGUUUCUUUUAACCGAGCUAAAAGUAUUUUAGAUGAUGAAACAGAUGGUACCAAGACUCCUACUUUAAAAGAGUUAGUAGAAAGUUGUGAUAUGAUUCCUAAAACUAAUAAGAGCGUUCUGAAUUAUAAUCAAAUAAAAGUAAAACAAGAUGACAGUCCUAAAACCGCUGAUACCCACUUUAUUGGAUUUAAAACUGCCAAUGGAAAAGCAAUAAACAUAUUGGAUAAAAAUAUAGAUAAGGCUAAAUCUAUAUUUAAAGAUAUUGAUGACACUAGUAAACAAAUAUUACAAAAUGGUAACAAACUCAAUGGUUUUAAAACCGCAAGUAACAAAAACAUUUAUUUGUCCGAAAAAGCAUUAUCAAGUUGCAAAAGAGUAUUUCAAGAUAUAGAUUUAGAUAUCAACUUUGACGAAGACAAUUUGCUGCCAAAAAAUGAACCUUGCUCUAAGAGAAUAAGACAUAGUUUAGAUAAGGAAAGUAGUACAAGUAAUGUUGCUGUGAAUUUGAUUGAAAAAGAAAGUAUAGAUACAAAUAAUAUUAAAAUAGACGAAGAUAUUUUAUUGGAAUUUGAAGAUGAUUUAACUUUUAACGAGAAUUUAGGCAAAGAGAGCAAAGCUGUUGAUAGUGAGGCGGAAACUACUCUAGAAAAAAAUAUGAGCAACAAUUGUGUUGUAUCUAAUAGAAGAAAAUUAGAUCAAAAUGAUUUUUCAUCAAAUAUCAACGUUGGUUUUAAAACUGCAAGCAAUAAAAAUAUAACCAUAUCUGAACAAGCUCUUACAAGAACAAAAAAUGUAUUUCAAGAGUUUGAUGUUUUUAAUAUAGAUACCAUAAGUGAUUGUUACUUAAGGGAUAACGCCAAAUGUGAUAAUAUGGAAGAUAAUGUAGUACCUACUACUAGUGUUGUAGGAUUUAAAACAGCCAGUAAUAAAGAAAUAAUAAUUUCUGAAGAUGCUAUCGCGAAAUCUAAAAAUAUUUUUCAAGAUAUUGAAAUUUUGGGAGAUUGUAAAACAAGUGACAUGGAAAGUAUUGUUGAUAUGAAUGAAAAUAAAAAUAUUAAUGAACCAUCGACAAGCAAGGAAUCUGGUUUUAGAACAGCUAAUAAUAAUAAGAUGACAAUAUCUGCAUCAGCAUUGGCAAAAACCAAACAUAUUUUUAAAGAUUUAGAUGAAAACGUUGAUGAGAACAAACUGAUACAAGAGAAAAACUUAAACAAGAUGUUAGAUGUUGCUUUACGGAAUCCAAAUAUACAAGAAGGCAAAUUUAAUGGAUUUAAAACAGCUAGUAAUAGAAAAAUACAAAUAUCAGAUGAUGCUUUAGCAAAAACUAAGAAAAUAUUUGAAGAUAUAAAUGAUGAAAAAUAUAAAAGUGUAAAUCUUGGUUUUCAAACAGCUAGCAAGAAACCAGUUCAAAUAUCUGCUCAAGCAUUAGCAAGAAGCAAAAAGAUUUUCGAAGAUUUGGACAAAGUUGAAGAACCAAACAAUUUUGAAAAGGUUGUUGCGAACCCUGUUUUUAAAGGAUUUCAGACUGCUAGCAAAAAAGAAGUGAAAAUCUCCGCUGACGCUUUGGCCAGAAGUAAAAAGUUAUUUGAAAAUUUGGAAAAAAAUAAUAGAACCAAUGUUUUAAAUAAAGAUGGCAGCGCCAUUCAUUUUCAGAAUCAUUCUGAAAAAGAUUUCCAAGGUUUUCAAACAGCAAGCAAUAAAGAAAUUAAAGUUUCUGCUCAAGCGUUAGCUAAAAGUAGAGAUCUAUUUAAAGAUAUAGAAAAAGGUGAUACCACGUUCAAGACAAAACCACUCUCGCAAGAAGGUGAUAAAAAUGAAAAAAUAUUACCUGUAUUUACAGGAUUCCAAACAGCCAGUAAAAAAGAGGUGAAAAUUUCUCCUGAAGGUUUAGAAAAUAGUAGAAAAAUAUUUCGAGAUUUAAGCGAAUUUAAAGAAAAAGAAAUUAAUAUUUCCAAUGAUACUAUAAAAUGCUUUAAUAAUUUCAAAGGUUUUCAAACUGCAAGUAAUAAAAAAGUUGUUAUUUCUGAAGACGCGUUGAAAUUAGGAAGACGGAUACUUAACGAUGCAAAUGCUAAUAACAAUAAAAGUGGUUUUUCUAAACCAUCAUUUAGUUUCAAAACUGCUAAUAAUGACAAUGUCGAGAUAUCUGAAGAAGCUCUGAUAAAAUCUAAAGAAUUUUUCAAUGACGAUCAUGAGACAGAUAAAAUACCUAAUUCAAGUAUUUUAAAAACAUAUAAUUUAAAUUUCAAUGAACCAAAGUUUGACAAUAUAGAUAAACUUAUAGAUACACAAGUAAUUAAGAAUUUUGAAGAAACAUUGAACACAGAAGAUUUUAGAUCACCAGAAAACAAAUGUAAAAGAUCAGGCAGCCCGAUACUCUCUUGUCCUAAAGCAAAGAAGAGAAAAUUUGCGACACCAUACAAAAAAGAUAAUUCCGAAAAUAUUAAACAACCUUUGAUCAAACAAAUUGACGUAUGUGAUGAUGGUUAUAAGAAAAACAAAAAAUAUACACUUAAAGAUAUAAUGGCAAUGGAAAAUAGCAAUACUGAUAAAGAAAUGACUACAGAUAUAACUGUAAAUGACAUAAAAAUAGACGAAUUCGAGUUUGUUGGUGCAAGAAAUGAUAUAUCUAAUUCAAUAAUAUCACAAGAUGACCUCAAACAUCAUUUUUUAAAGUCAGUCAAUAAAACUUUAGUUCCCGAUGGAUGGUUUGAAAACCACGUUAAAUUAAUUUUAUGGAAAUUGCUUAGUUACGAAGUUAAAUUUCCUAGAUCGAUGUAUGGGGUGUGUACAGCGAAAAAUGUAUUGGCCCAACUCAAAUAUAGAUAUUUCAAAGAGUUGUACAAUGCUGAGAGGCCCGCUUUGAGGAAAAUACUCGAAAGAGAUGACGUGGCUUCAAAAACUUUGGUUUUAUGUGUCAGAGAUAUUUAUAAUGAUGGCGCAGAAAAAAGUGAUACCAACCAAACGGAGUUACUUCUCACAGACGGUUGGUACAACAUAAGGACGUGUAUAGACAAGAUGCUAGUUAAAUAUGUUAACAAUGGCAAAAUUAAAAUUGGCACUAAACUUGUUACUAAUGGCGCUGAGCUGGUGAACUGUGAGCAAGGGGUGGCGCCUUGGGAGGAUAUAUCAUCGGUUCGCCUCAAAAUACCCGGUAACUCGACCCGGCGCGCCCGCUGGGACGCCCGCCUCGGUUACCAUGCCAACGCCGCCAUCUUGUCUCAUCUGACAGCUGUCACGCCAGAUGGCGGGAAAAUAUCGAAGCUAAGAGUUUUGGUCGCGAGAGUGUACCCACCGCUUUACGUUGAGAAGUUUGAGGAUGGAAGCACCGUGACAAGAUCAGAACGUCUUGAACACAUUCACCAGAUGAAGUACGAAUCUGAGAGACAAGCGCUCGUGGAGAAGAUAUACGAGGAAGUGGAGAAGGAAAUGUCCGACGAGGAUUCACCUGAAUCCGAAGACCAAGACAUCGACAAACGGUCAUUGGACAGCGGGUCUCAAAUAGCGAGACUGUUGAAAAUGAGCAAAGAGCCUUCGCAAUUUAGGGCAAGUCUGACAGACUCCCAAAGGCGUCUUCUAGAAGUCUACACGGCAUCGAAACGGGACAAAAUGCUCCAGAAUAUCCAGGAUAAGGUCUUUAGCAGGAUGUCUGCCGCCAGGAGUGUGGUGCCUCUGCUCAGGGUGAGAGUCACUGAUGUGUUCCAGGGCGAUGUGAACAGAGCCCUUUUAACAAUAUGGAAACCGAACGACGCGAUAUCGGAACUCAUCACAGAGGGCGCUUGUGUCGAUAUUCUCAAUGUCGUUCCCACCGCUGUUAGGUAUUCAGAGCUCCAACUAUCCGCCGGCCGGCAGACAAUUUUCAAGCAAACCGACCCAAAAAAUCGAGACAAAUUAUUACCAUACGUAAAAUCUAUAAGCAGAACUUGCUACCCCAUCAAAGAAAUAAUAACACACCCCACCAUGGUCACCGAUUACAAUGAAAUCGAUACGGCAGGCAUCAUAAUCGAAAUCGAUCCGUCGCAUAAUGCUUUCAAAUCGAUUUCGCAAUUCCAAAACGUCUACUUGACAGAUGAAUAUAAGAAUAUAAUCUGUGUCAACUUUUGGGGUGGCAUAAAGAAAUUUGGCUUCGAAAACGUAUUGGAUACAGGACAAGUGGUCGCGUGUGUUAAUUUGCAAAAGAGAGUUGGCAACACCCGCAAAAAUAUACCUCAGUAUCGCGCGACCGAGUACACGUAUUUCACGAAAACUCCCAAAAGUGUUGCCGCUCGAAAAAUUGUUGAGGAUCUAUGGAAAGUUUUAAAGAAUAAAAGUUUUGUGCAAGAAUGUUUAGUUGUUAAGAAUAGAUUGUUUAAAUGUAACUUUUCUAACGAAAAUAUUUCUCCGUAUAGGUUUCAGAAUCACGAUUUGUCGAAAAAUAAAGUUUAUAUAGAGUCUCCUUUAGCUAGAUCUAACAAAAUCACAGACGAAUUUAAUUUAUCCGGUCUUGAUUUCGAGUCUACAUUCAGGCAAACAGAACCACAAGAAUUAUCACCGAAGGCAUUGUUAAGAAAAAAGAGAGUGUACGAAAAAAUAUCUAAAUUAAAAAUGUACGGUGAACCACCACCUUUAAGUCCUAUAAAUAUAAUAAACAAAUCAAAAAACGCUACGAAAUCUUUCAAAAGUCCCCUUUUAAACUCAAAUGUUACCAGUAAUUGUGAUACUCCAGUUGCCAACGCAAAAACUUUACCCGAAAAUAUGGGAAAUAAAUUAAGUUGCAGUCCAGUGUUGGCAUUACAUAGAACGUUAAGAAAAAGUGUUAAUCCUGUGAAAUUGGAUUUCAGUAGUGUUGCCAAUGAUGAAAACGAUGUUGAUCAUUUCGCGGAGGAGUUUGAUGCUAGUCCGCCUUUAAGUCUAGAUUGAUUAUACGCCUAAACCGAUACGCAAUUUUACAGUGAGAUAAAAGAUUGUGAGGAAAGCUAAAUAUUCAGACAAUAAAUGUAAUCCACGCUUUGGUAGGUUACCGUAAAAAUUUAUAUGUUUGUGAUAAUUCUGUCGAAUUUUAAAUUGUUUAUUAUUAUUUGCUUAAGUUUCAAAUGUCGAUUGUUAACUAAUUAAGAUUUUAUAUUAUGUUUCUUUGUACAUAACUGCUGUUAAA